GAGCCGGGAUUAGAUGAAGCUGCCUGAGAAGGCCUCGGUUUCACCCGCCGGAAAAUGGGAUGAGCUUCACGGCUCCCGCCAAGCCGGGGAGCGACGGAGCGGGGCUCGGGAUGGGAGCGGUGGUGCUGGACGACGGCCCCUCCGGGGUCAAGGCCCCCGACGGGGGCUGGGGCUGGGCCAUCCUCUUCGGCUGCUUCAUCAUCACGGGCUUCUCCUACGCCUUUCCCAAGGCCGUCAGCGUCUUCUUCAAGGAGCUGAUCCGUGAGUUCGGCAUCGGCUACAGCGACACGGCCUGGAUCUCCUCCAUCCUGCUGGCCAUGCUCUAUGGGACAGGUCCCCUGUGCAGCGUGUGCGUGAACCGGUUUGGGUGCCGGCCCGUCAUGCUGGUGGGCGGCCUGCUCGCCUCGCUGGGGAUGGUGUCCGCUUCCUUCUGUACCAGCAUCCUCCAGAUCUACCUCACCGCCGGCGUCGUCACUGGUCUGGGCCUGGCGCUCAACUUCCAGCCCUCGCUGAUCAUGCUCAACCGCUACUUCGACAAGAGACGGCCUAUGGCCAACGGGCUCUCGGCGGCCGGCAGCCCCGUGUUCCUCUGCGCCCUGUCCCCGCUGGGGCAGAUCCUGCAGGACCUGUACGGCUGGCGGGGGGGCUUCCUCAUCCUGGGGGGGCUGCUCCUCAACUGCUGCGUCUGCGGGGCCCUCAUGAGGCCCCUGGAGCCCCCCAAGGCGGCCGGGGCCCCGGCGGAGGCGGCCAAGCCCAAGAAGGGCCCCAAGAAGCUCCUGGACUUCAGCGUGUUCAGGGACCGCGGCUUUUUGAUCUACACCGUGGCGGCCUCCAUCAUGGUGCUGGGGCUCUUCGUGCCCCCCGUGUUCGUGGUCAGCUACGCCAAGGACAUGGGGGUGCCGGACACCAAGGCCGCCUUCCUGCUGACCAUCCUGGGCUUCAUCGACAUCUUCGCCCGGCCCCUCUGCGGGUUCGUGGCCGGCCUCAAGUGGGUCCGCCCGCGCUGCGUCUACCUCUUCAGCUUCUCCAUGGUCUUCAACGGCAUCACCGACCUGGUGGGCUCCAUGGCCGCCUCCUACGGCGGCCUGGUGGCCUUCUGCAUCUUCUUCGGCAUCUCCUACGGCAUGGUGGGGGCCCUGCAGUUCGAGGUGCUCAUGGCCAUCGUGGGCACCCAGAAGUUCUCCAGCGCCAUCGGCCUCGUGCUGCUGAUGGAGGCCAUGGCGGUGCUCAUCGGCCCGCCGUCCGGAGGCAAGCUUCUGGACGCGACUCACGUCUACAUGUACGUGUUCAUCCUGGCCGGAGUCGAGGUGGUCACUUCCGCCCUGGUGCUGGCUCUGGGCAACUUCUUCUGCAUCAAGAAGAGGCCGGACAAACCCGAGACCAAGGAGGAGGUGGCGGAGCCGGAGGAGCUGGCCAAGCUGGGGGACAAGUCCCCCGAGGACGUCCGGGUGGGCUCGGUCGAGGUGGAACACUUCUUGAAAGGGGAGCCGGAGAAAAACGGGGAGGCGGUGGCCAACCCCGAGACCUGUGUCUGAGAGGAGGCCCGGGCUGCCGGAACA